AUGCCGAAGACACUGUCGGAUCACACGCUCAUCAAGGACGUCGGCCUCACUGCACCCACUUCGGCGGGCGCCGAUCCUUCCUCCAAGGAGCAUAAUGAAACCGAAAUACCAAUGGCAAUCGGAGGGGCUACCGUGGAGUUCGCCAACGGUGCAUCUGUUUCUAAGAUAUCUUUGAUGUCGGACUUCUCCGCCGUGUUGACAUCCGAUCUAUCUCCACAUACAUCUGUACAGGAUCUAGUCGACCUCUUGACCAGCAGGGGCUUUCCCAAGGUGACCCACGAUUGUGUUCGCUUCAGACACAUCCCUGAGAAGCUUCAUAAGACAGCUGUGGUCAAAGUCCGCGAUCCAGACUUCGCCCACAAGCUUCUCCAGUGUCUUCAGGACACUCCAGUUCGUCUUAGGGAUUUGGAAGUUCGCGUGUCGAAAAUGCAAAUUGCAGGAGAGACAGUAUCCGGAAUGAAUCGGCUUCAGCUCACCAGCGUAACAUGCUCAUGGUUCAAUCCUUCCAAGGUGGCUUAUCUCGAAUACGACGCGGACUGGAAAGCGAAGCGGGCGCUCGGACGCAUCGAGCGCCCGAAUUCAAAUGAGUUUCAGGGCCGGAAGCUCAAUGUCACCUAUCAAUCAGUUCGGUCCUUGCAAAUAGGAAAUCUAGACCUGAACACAGAUGAAGCGGCACUUCGACGCUUUCUUCCUUAUCCACCGCCCACUAAGGUAACUUGGGGACCUCAUUCUCACAAUCUCACUGCGAAGCAACUAGAGGAAAUAGCUAUCAUGCAACUUCGAUCGCACGGUACCUUCAUCGAAGAGUGUAUUCCUCAUCCCCAAAAGGGAGGAAGUAGAACGAAGAUCAUUGCCAAGUUUAGCGAAGCAGAGGCAGCACGAAAUGCGGUCAAGAAGAUGCACGAAACUAGUCUCGAUCCCAGCUCGAAUGAUAAGAUGCAGGUCACUCCUCUGGUUUCCAUCAAACUGUCGGUCUCCUCUCGAGUCCUAGCAGCCAUUCGACCACAGCUUGACCCUCUAGUCGACCAAACAUGGCGAACAGAUUACGUUCAGAUCAAGAGCUACAAGACUCUGGGCAAACAAUACACACAAGUCCGCAUCUUCGGCCAGUCCAGAGAACCAGUUGCCAAAGCCAAGUCGGCCGUGGAGAAGCUGCUUGCCGGUCAGAUCGCCACCGACGGACAUGGCCCGAUCACAGACCCAUUCUACUUCAGGCCUUCGUCAAAGAGCUUUUUGAACGAUCUGGGAGCCUCACAUGGAGUCUUCAUCCACCAGGAUCUACGUCGAUCAGUCCUUCGACUAUACGGAGAUCACAAGGGUAUCGGACGAGUCGAAAGCGCUCUGGUGGCUAAGUGUGCAGAAUUGAGGGAGCAGUCUCACACCGUCAUUCUUCAUCCCGAGGCUUUGGCAUUUGCCCUCAAAGGUGGGUUUCGAAAAAUUGUCGCCGCUUUAGGGAAGGACAAAGUAAAGCUAGACAUCAUCAACACCCCAAAGCGAAUCAUCGUCGAAGGCUCCACGGAAGAUGCGGUCCAGGUACAGGAGAUUCUCGCAUCGUGUACAUCGUCUUCAUUGGAAACACAAACCGCCGGGCUUUCCAAUGGCAAGUACGACUGCGAGCUACUCUGCCCGGUCUGCUUCACCCCACCAGAAGACCCUGUUAAGACAUCCUGCGGCCACGUCUAUUGCAACUCCUGCCUCGUCUCGCAAUGCACACUUGCCGACUCUUUCCCGGUCAACUGUCUCGGGGAGGACGCUGUUUGUGACUCUCCAUUGCAUCUCUCCGACGUCAAGAAAGUCCUUUCUGGAACGGAGUACACAUCUGCUGGUUCUGCAUGA